ACAUGACGUAACCGUUGACACUUCACUUCUGUUGACCAAGCGUAUGGAAUGAAAUCACAUUUACCCUGAAGUUUCGCCUUAAAUGAGCAUAUUUGACCUUUUUCGUGGAUUUUUUGGGGUUCCCGGAGGCCCUUAUGGGCGCCAUUGUCCAAGGGAACCCUUCUUCGAUAGCAUGACCCAUGAUGAAGACGACGAGGAAGAUGAUAGGGAGGGGUUUUACUCCGACUCGGUCGAAGGGCCUGGGGGUAGUGACGGGUUUGACGAUGCCUGGCGGUUUGGCUUCAGUAUGGGACCGAACGGCAUGCGCAUUCAGGAGCCUGCGAUGUUCGGACAAAUCCUCAAGGAGAUGGAUGAUAUCUUCUCUGAACUCGGACGCUGGGAGGAGCGGCACGGACCCUUCGGGAUGCCCAGUCUAGAGCCCCCAUGCUCACCUCAGGGCAGAGCCCCACAUGGAGAGUCGGGGGGUGACAGGAACUCCCUGAGAGACUUCAUGCUGAAGGGCUUGGAUGACAGACCCUCACCACCUGGCCCCCCACCCCCAGGCCCUAUCCCAGGUGGCCGCGGCCGCAGCCCCAGUCGCAGCCCCAGCCCCAGCCCAGACUCACCGUUCCACCGCUGGGAACCUUUCUCAAAGUUUCAGGACGGUUGGCGUGACGGCCUGUUCAGCGCUCCCCUGGGUGACAAGAGAGAAGAUGGAGAUUUGGACUCCCAGGUGUCCUCAGACGGGCUCGACAAGAUUCUGACGCCCGCCCCAGCUCUGCCCAGAACACGCGGCUUCUUCCAGUCCGUCACGGUCAAGAAGGUGUUGAAGCCAGACGGGACCGUGGAGGAGAUGCGCACAGUGAGGGACAGCCAGGGUAACGAGGAGAUAUCCGUCACGCGCUCCGGGGGUUCAGGAGACCCAGAGGGGUCGCGGGGCCCCAGCGGGCCCCUCUCAUCAGGUGGUCCAGGAUCCUCCGACCUGCAUGACGACAUGUCCGUGUUCUCCAAGUUCUUUGGAGGCUUCAAAGGCUGAGAUCUCUCCUGCUCUCAUCCACGUGUGUCAUCCGUUUCACGUCCCUUCGUGUAAUUCCCCAUUAAAAUGUGACCGAGUUUGCUUUCGAGAGUGAGUGCUCAGCUUGUGUGUCACCUGGAACAGUAGACGAUCAUAAUCAUAGAAUAGAGCGACUGCCCUAUGGAUUAGUGCAGAUCAUUUACCCCUCGGUAUGUUUGUAAGAAUAAGGUGAUCUUAUUCAGAAGGUAUUAUGCUACAACGCAUUUGAUUAUCUAACGAGCGUUGUCGUUUAAUACACAGCUUUGAUUAAGUGUGUAUAAAGAUUAUUUUUGUAAAGAGUUUUCUUUCUGACUGUCUUUGAGUCGAGUGGUGAGUGGACAAUAAAAGUGUGAUAUGA